AAUGAAGAGACAGGGGCUGGAGUCAAGACGGCUGGCGGUGGCGGUGGUGGUGGUGGUACUUGUGGCCCUGGCUCCCCUCGCUGAGUGUGAAAAGUGCUCAGUAGAUGGCUCUGAAUCACGAGUCCCGCCUGACAUGACUGAGAUUUUGAAGGGAUCUUACUCUAUCACUGUUGAGAUGACCGACGUGGUGCAGGAGGAGACCUACUACGUGAAAGAGGUCCACGAGCGGCGCCUGUACCAUGACACAAUGACAGACACAGUGGGGAUAUCCAUUUGGAGAAACGGCACAUCCAUCCUCUACCAGUACUACCCCGAGCUGGACGUGGUUGUCAGGGAAUUUGACGGAGUGUGCGCCGAGAUGGGGUCCCCCCCAACGCUGGCAUGGGGCUGGGUAGACGAUGUUCCUGAACACGGCAGCAAAUCCUUCGGUCCUUCAAGCAUCCUACGCCUGGUUAGCUUCCUUCAGACGGAGUACCAAUCUGAGUUAAUGGAAAUGGAUGUGCGCUCCGACUACUGGAAAGCCUGUGCCGAGAAUGGGGACGUGGAGCUGGGCUAUUUAUACUCUAAGCCUCCGUGGAACAUGCCUGACGGAAACCUCUUCGGCGGGUUGGAGGCCAGCUUACCCAUCAAGAUGGAGGCUCGCUUUGUGGACGGCUCAGGGCAUUGGAUCUAUACAUUCGUGGAGUUUGUGCCCUUUAUCCUCUAUCACUCUAAUCUGGAGCCCCCGCGUGGCAUGUCCUGCGAGGGAAUAACAGGAGUACUGACAGACGAACCAGUGCCAUCCUUAGCCAAGCACUUCAGUCUGGCGGAGGAGGUCGUGGUUAAUUCUAUGAUCGACGGAAUGGCAGAGGGUAAACAGUAUGUGGACAAACUACAGUUGACUUACGCGGGCGAGAUCUCCCUGGUGAGCCUGCUAACCUCAGCUUCCUAUGACAGUAACGGGGCCACCUCCUGGGCCGUCCACACCAUUCAUGACUUCAACACAGGUGUCCAGUACAAGCUCUACAGGGAAUUUGGGAACUGCUCAAUGGAACCACUUCCCGCUUUCUCCUUCGAUAUAAACUUCGGCGGCAUCACGGGGUCCGGCUCCACUCUACUGUCCCCUAAUGAAAUGCUACAUUUGGAUGACAACUACGCGUACGUCGGAGAGCGGUACAGCAGAGACUUGCCUGGCGACCUGUGGACCUCAACGAGACUGGAUGACAUACCUGACUAUAGCACUGGAGGGCUGCAGAAUUUCGAAAAGGCUGUUAUGGAGUACUAUUUCACUCAGGGAGUGGAGAAAAAGCCAAGCGGGGAAUACGUUGUGACUAAUUUCCCUUUCCGAGGUGAUCUGUUCAUCUACAACAAGUCCAACCCUAACCAGAUCGUCUCGUCAACCACCUUGAACUUCGCUGACUUCCGUGAGGUGGAUCUGUUCUCCCCUGACGAGUUCUCCGUGGAAGAAUGCUACGAGAAAUUCGCUGAUGAUUGGUCUUACAUCGAUAUCUUCUUCCCCGUGGAGACAUACAACCAGAUAGCAGCGGCUGACCAGGAACAGACGAGAUUCAAACACGAGGUGAUGCUUAAAAUGAUUGAAAUUGGACGACUCUCUCCUGUUCGCCUCGCUUCCAUUGACGUGUCCACGGGGGUGAGCGGAAUCAUUCCUAACUCCACGGACAUCGAUAUGAUCAUUACAAAGAUCAAGCUGCUGGAGAGGGCUUCAUACAUCUUCUCCUACAGACAGCCGCCAGAUGAGGUGGACCCGCGCCCCGGCAAGAACCAGGUCAAGAAGUCCAACAUAAGGAGAGCUGAGGACUGUGCCACCCUCUGCUCCACCACCACCGAUAAGAAGUGCCAGUCCUUCUUCCACUGCGGGGAGGACUGUUAUCUGAGCAAGUUACCAGGACCAGAUGGAGACGCCCUGGACAUACAAGGCUGCUCUCACUGGGUGUAUGACCUCAAGAACAACACAGUGCCUGACUACCCUUCAGAAAUUGUCUUUACUGCAGUGGCUGAUGCUGUGAAGACCGGGGACUUCCAUUUCAUAGUUCCAUAUAAACCCAAGAACAACACAAUCCAGGUGGGCUACGAGGCAAAGAUGUCCCUCCACUACCGCACUCCAGACCCCAUGAAUCCUGUACGCAUGCAGUUCACCCUCGAGGCAACACUGAUGACCGUGUCGCACCCUAAUGACACUAUCAAGGUGAAGGAUCUGACGGAGUGCAUGCUGCUGUGUGUGUCGUGGGUCCGCUACCGCUGUGAGACACUCGUGCACCAGACGGACGAGGGGCUGUGUCUGCUGCUGGCCACGCACUACCACGACCUAGAUGACACUGAAGUCGUCCCACACAGUCACUCCUACGUGCACGGCCGCAGCUAUCUGGUGGACUACAGCCCUAUCUUCGGUGGAGUGGCUCUGAACAGCACAGGUCCAGUGUAUUACAAAGUCCCCCACACUGAAGCUUGUGCCAGGUACUGUUCAGGUGAGCAAAGCAUAGACUGCCAGAGCUUCGAGUACUGCAUAUCCAGCAAGAUGUGUCACCUGCACGAGGAGCGCUUCCUGGACGUGGUGGACAGCGGGGAUUACGUCACAGGGACGGCUUGCAUACACUUCUCCAGGAAGUCCGACUCUCUCUUCAAGCGUUACGAGGACCAGGGACUCGAGCCAAGCAAACACAAGCUGGUGGCGCACUUGAGUAGCCCUUCUGCUUGUGCCAAAAUGUGCCUAGACGACGAGGAGGAAAUGUGCCAGAGCUACGACUUCUGCUCAGUGUGUGACAAGAACAACUUAGCGGUGUGUGGUGAGGAGAACAAGAAUCGCAUUGGUCUGUGUUUAGCCACACACCAUCUCGGGGAGUCUGGCCUCUCGCUCACCACCGGGAAGGACUGCGACCACUACGACCGUGAGGUGUUUGGAGACCAGGAUUACGCCAACUGGAUCGCCAAACAGCGGAUAUCAAAUAAGCCAUACACGCCAGGAGACAUGACAGGGCUGGCAUUUGGCAUGAUCUUCCUUGGCAUUCUACUGUCCGUUGGCUUCCUGGCUGCCAUAACCCAGUGCAAGCCAGCCUCCGUGCCCAAAGACUUCGAAAUCAGCUUCCAGAGACUCAAAACUUCAGGGGAGUCGGCCAUUUAAACACUCUACUGCUACUGCUGAUGCUACUGCUACUACUGCUGCUACUACUACUGCUGCUACUGUUGCUUGAAAUAAUGUCUAGUAGAUAAACAGGGAGGUCUUCAAGUGUGCUUUAAGGUUCUAGUGGAUGUUGUUGGGGUUUUCAAGGAUGGUUGCAGGGUUUAGUGGUAGUUAAUGUGUUUUUUUAAGGGUGUUUUGGGGGUACAAGGGUGAUUUUAAGAUUCUAAUGGAAGUUAUUAGGGUCUUUCAAGGAUGUUUUCAGGGCUUAGUGGAAGUUAAUGUUUUUUUAAGGGUAUUUUGGGGUUACAUUGGAUGUUAUUGGGGUUUUCAAGGGUGUUUUCAGGGCUUAAUGGAAGUUAAUGGUUCCUUUAAGGGUGUUUUGGGCGUAAAGUGGAUGUUAUUGGGGUUUUUAAGGGUGUCUUCAGGGUGUAGUAGAAGUUACAGGGGUUUUCAAGGGUGUUUUCAAGGAUGCAGUGGAAGUAAUUAGUGUUUUCAAGGGUAUUUUCAGGGUGUAAUAGAAGUUAUUGGGGUUUUUAAGAGACGAAGUGGAUGUUAUUGGUAUUUUUAAGGGUAUAUUCAGGGUGAUAAUAGUUAAACAAGCCCCUCUGCAUAUUAUCAAGCAUUUUCAGGGUAUUUUCACCAGCGGCAGGGCCUGUAAGAAGCACUCCUUACUGUACCCACCUCUGCUCCCUUCCAUAAAGUGAUCUAAUCUUCCUUAAAGCUCCCUGUGGACUCAACACUAACGACCUGAUCACUGAGUCCACGCCGCUCACCUAACUGUGUGUGUGUGUGUGUGAGAGAGAGAGAGAGAGAGAGAGAGAGAGAGAGAGAGAGAGAGAGAGAGAGAGAGAGAGAGAGAGAGAGAGAGAGAGAGAGAGA